UUUACAAAAUAAAACAAAAAACGUGGAAUAUUUAUUUUUAAAGUAGCUAACAUCUUAAUAAAAAUUUAUAACUGGCACCCAAAUUAUAGAACUUUGAACGCCCCUUGUACAUGGACUAAUACACACGAAAUAUUUAUCUCUGUAAACUUGCAACUUUUAAUAAAAAUGAAGAUUGAUAGUAAACCUCUACGUUAUGCUCAUGCUGAGGGUCAUACAGACGUUUGUUACUCUGAGGAUGGAAAACACAUCAUAACGUGUGGUCAUGACGGCGACGUUCGAAUUUGGUUGGACAUUGAAGAUGAUGAUCCAAACUCUCACUGUGUCGGUGAGAGUGCGGUCGCUGUGUGUUUUAAAGACAACCGGUUGUUUGUGGCUACUGACAACCAUGCUGUGCAGGCUUAUACAUAUCCUGCGUUUGAUAAAGAUGGAAUUAUCACUAGAUUUACAGCCCCAGUGACACAAAUAAGAUCCAACGCUAAAUCAGAAGCUUUGGGAUGUACCUCUGAGAACAUGGAAGCUAAGCUGUGUAGUUUGGAGGGAGGUGCACCAUUAUUUGUGAUGUCGGAACAUAAAGGACCUGUACUCAGCAUUGCUCUCUGCCCUCAAAUGAAGUUUGCUUGCACAGCUUGUGGGGAUGGGCUUUUGAGAGUUUGGGACAUUGAUACACAGAAAAUUGUAAAGGAAAUCCCCUGUGUUCCCAAGAUAAACACAUUCUUUGCAGCUAAAGUCCUGUGUCGUAUGGACUUUGAACCAUCAGAGGGUCGCUAUUUAGCCUAUCCAAAUAACAGAGAAAUAAUCUUGCUUGACUGUGAGAGCUGGGGCCAAAGAAUGUCAUUUACACACAGUAAUAUUAAGUGUGCGAUAUCACAGUGUAUGUUUUCACCCUGCGGCCAGUACCUGGCUGGUAGUACCGUGGCUGGUCAGAUAGCGAUAUGGGAGGUGGAGUCUGGGAACUGUUUGGGCAUCAUUGAGCAUCCAACAUCCCAUAAUGUUACAGCAAUGGCAUGGAAUCCAAAAGGCAAUGGAGUCCUUGUGUACUGUGACCUUGUGGGGCAAUUAGGAAUGCUGACAAAUUGCUAUGGCAAAAGUAGUGAAGAUGCAGAUACAAAUGAUAUUGAAGUAAUAGAAAGAGAAGAUGAUGACAAUGACUUGGACAAUCUGAUUGAAAACUAUGAGAGUGAGGACGAACACGCAAUAUCUUUGGAGAAGAUAAGGAACGAGACGAUGGGUGUAGUGGAGUCUGAGCGUGUGGAGUCCCGCGCCAGUGAGCCUCCCCCCGCGCGCCGCACCUGCCCCCCGCAGCCGCCCUUCCAGACCGGCGCGACACCUAUGCACUUGGAGCACCGAUACAUGUGUUGGAACGACGUCGGUAUAGUUCGUUGUCACACGGGAGAGAAUGGGGAGUCGACCAUCGAUGUUGAGUUUCACGACACGAGCCUACACCAUGCGAUACAUCUUAACAACUACUUGAACCACACUAUGGCCAGCCUGUCCUCGACUGUAUUGGUCUUGGCCUGUGAAACGCCUAGCAAGCUAGUAUGCAUAUCGCUAGCUGGCAGCAGCCGCGAGUGGAGCGUGUCUAUGCCGGACACGGAGGAGGUGGUGUGCGUGUGCGCGGGCGCCGUCGUCGCCGCCGCCACCAGCGCGCGCCUUCUGCGUCUGUACACGCCGCUCGGGACGCAGCGACAGGUUAUAUCCCUCCUCGGUCCCAUAGUGACACUUGCGGCACGUGACAGCACUGUGAUGGCUGUGUACCACCGCGCCGACCCCGGAGAGACUGAUCAGAAUCUAGCCAUGGAUAUCGUUACACUCAAUAGUCGCCAAAUCCGCAGUCGCACGGUAGGUGUGCCGCUAACUAGCAGGUCGCGGCUGACGUGGGCGGGCUUGACGGACGCGGGCUCGGCGUGUGCGUACGAUAGUACGGGCAUGCUGCGACUGUUUGACGCCGCCGCCAACUUGUGGCUGCCCGUCCUAGAUGCUGCCGCACAUUCCCGCGGCGCCGCUGACUCGUGGGCCAUCGUCUCGAUCAGCGAGGUCACUCAAAAAGUUCGCGCAAUAUUGUGUAGGGGAACGUCAUUCCCUCUCACAGUGCCUAAACCAAUAGUAACGGAGCUGCCUAUACAAAUUCCACUCUGCGAGCUGGACUCGGAGAAGUCUCAAUAUGAAGAACAGCUUGUCCGCUGGGCGCACACUGCCGCUGAAGUCGAUGUCAAAACCGCCAGGGAAACCGCGCUCAAACUCUUUGCUCUAGCCUGUCGCAGUGAGAUAGAACAGCGAGCAUUGGAACUGAUGGAACUACUCCGAGAUGAGCGUUUGUUGCCGCUCGCCGCGAAAUACGCGUCGCGCUCCGGACGCAUGCACUUAGCGGACAAGUUAACGAGUCUGGCGGACGUCUGGCGGGAUCAGCCGGAUCUACCGGAACCGGAAAUGCCUGACGAGCAUGAGAACGGUUUGGACACCACACAGGAUCAUAAUACAAGUCUCAUCAUACCCCAGAAGAGUAAGAAGAAGGAAGCGGAUCCUAUUAAGCCUGUUCCAAUAAAGGCGUCACCCGGAGGCAUUAGAAACCCAUUCAAGAAACAAGCAGCAGCCAAGACAACCGCUAGCCCACUGAGUUUGACAGAAAGAACUUUAGUAGAGGUGCACUCCGAAAAUACCACAGAAAACGAUGAUCCAUUAAAACCAAACGCCGGGGAGACGUUCAUGGAUUGGUUCACAAGAAACAAAAGUGUAUUGGAACAGCAGAACCCGGGACUCACGCCGUCUGAGCUGACCAGACAGAGCGUGAGGACCUUCAAGAGUAUACAGGCAAGUAACACCGAGAACUCACAGAAACGGAAACUGGAAGAGGACAUAUCUGACACCCCGGUCACUAGCGCUCCCAAACAAUCUAAGCUAAGUGCGUUUGCAUUCUCAAAAAGCUAGAGGUUAGCUAUUA